AUGUAUGACGACGAAAAGUCGUCAACUGUGUCCGAGCAAAAGCAGGCUUCCAUUGAAGCAAGUGAGAUUCGCGUAAGAAGCAUACGCUCAGAUGUGAUCUCCUUAGAGGAACUCGGCAGCAAAGUGGAACAGUUGGAAAAGAGGAAGGGACGGACGAGAUAUGGUGGGGACGGUGUUAAAGGGGAACGAGGCGAGCCGGGAAGUAUUGGACCCCAGGGACCUCCUGGAGUAAAAGGUCCCAUUGGUGGAAAUUAUCACGGUCAUACAGGUGGAGGCUCAAACCAUAUCUGCCUUCCUGAACAGCCAUUAUACGCAAGGUAUGAUGACAAAUGGGAGUCUUCUUCUUCUGCUGUAUACGGCGCAGAAUAUGCAGUCGGUGAGUUCAACCCUUUUAAAAAGCCCCUUAACCAUUAUAAUGCACCAUGUGUAGUAUGCCAUCUUGAGUCACGUGGCUCCCGGGUGAUGAUUCCUGCCAGAAACGAGUGCCCCACAGGAUGGACUCUUGAGUACUGGGGCUAUCUUAUGACGAAAAGUUACUCUAGUGGCAACACUGAUUUCAUCUACGUGGAUGAGGAUGCUGAAUAUGUACCAUAUCUGCCGUGGAAACAGUGGCGGGGUCAAGUUGAGUCCUGUGUAAAGUGCUUGUUAUGUAUUACCAUGUGGUCCUUGCAUCGAUGGCCGUGA